AUGAAUGCUGUUUUUCCUCUCUGCACCAUGCCCCACCUCUUCCUCUUCCUCUUCCUCCUGCCUCUCUGUGCACUUGAAUCCCAUAACAUUAGAUUCAAUCAUCUUCAAGGUCCUGUACGACUUGCUAACCAUGUGGGUUCAAUGCUCCCCAAACUCUCACCUCUUGGUGCUCCGCAGCCUUUUCUUCCUCUUGCACCUUCACCACUGGCUCCAUUCACCAAUACCUCUAUCCCGAAGUUAUCAGGACUCUGCACUUUGAACUUUAGUACUGCUGAAAGUUUGAUUAGCGUAACAGCAAUUGAUUGCUGGGAAGUUUUUGCCCCAUUUCUGGCUAACGUAAUAUGUUGUCCCCAAUUGGAAGCAACUCUCACAAUUCUUAUUGGUCAAUCCAGUAAAUAUACCAAUGUACUUGCCUUAAAUGGGACCAAUGCUAAACAUUGCCUUGCAGAUGUUGAACAGAUUCUGAUGGGCCAGGGUGCCACUUCUAAUCUGAAGCAGAUAUGUUCAAUUCAUCCUUCAAAUCUCACUGAGGCAUCUUGUCCAGUAAAAAAUGUGAAUGAUUUUUCUGACAUGGUGGAUACUACUAAGCUCCUUACCGCCUGUGAUAAAAUUGAUCCUGUGAAAGAAUGCUGCUAUCAAAUCUGUCAGAAUGCAAUAUUAGAAGCAGCUACAACCAUUGCAUCAAAAGGUUCUGAUAUUUUGGCCAUGGGCUCAUCACAUGUUCAACCUGUGCACUCACUCCGGGUCAAUGAUUGUAGAAAUAUUGUCCUCCGGUGGGUAGCUAGUAAGCUUGAACCUGCUCAUGCCAAGAAAGUUCUUAGAGGACUGUCUAAUUGCAAUGUUAACAAAGUUUGUCCCCUGGUUUUCCCUGACACAAUGCAAGUUGCCAAAGGUUGUGGGAAUGGUAUAAGUAACAAAACAGCCUGCUGUAAUGCUAUGGAAAGCUAUGUGUCUCACUUGCAAAAGCAGAGCUUUAUCACGAACUUGCAAGCUUUGGAUUGUGCAGAGACUUUGGCAAUGAAAUUGAAAAGUUCAAAUAUUACAGCAGAUAUUUAUGGUCUUUGUCACAUAAGCCUUAAAGACUUUUCCCUACAAGAGGCUGGUUGUCUAUUACCUAGUUUGCCUUCAGAUGCUACAUUUGACAGGGUUUCUGGUAUCAGCUUCCUUUGUGAUCUAAAUGAUAAUAUUCCAGCUCCCUGGCCUUCUACAUCUCAGCUGACUUCUUCAUCAUGCAAUAAAUCUGUCAACAUCCCUGCUCUUCCUGCAGCAGCAUCAAGUCAAAGUUGCCUAUACAGCCAUGAGAUUAUGUUCUUCGUGAUUGUUGCUUUAUCGUUUCUCCUUAUGACAACCAUGCAAUUAUGA